AUGGAGCAACUGAUGAUUCAGGCUGGAAUGGAGCGACCUCUAGAAUGCUUCGCGGCGCAAAGUGGUAUGCUCAGUCACGAUGGCGAAUCAUUCGGUGGGAACCAACCACCUCUGGCCGCUUGCUUGGUGCAGGCACCUGCAGGAUGGUGUACCGACAAGGAAUAG